AUGGAAUGUGGAGAAAAGCCGGAGAGAUUACUGAGAGCCUUAGACCAAGAAGAUGUUGGAUUUAUGAAGACAACAGAGGCCAUUAUUGGAUUUUAUGCUCAGAGAAUAGAGAGAGCUCCUGAUGAUGAAAAUGGAACAUUAAUGUACUUCCUACGCCUACAUACGGAGACCUGCCAGGUGCUGAGCCCCUGCUUUUGCAAGAGGACGUGCUGUUUCCACCAAGCAUAUUCUCCACCGCCGACUCCUGGCAGCCUGUGGAACCACCAUCUGAUCCGAGGCCUCUUCCUUGUGGUCCCCCUGGUCCUACACCUCGGUCUGGCCAGGAGCCUGCCCAUAGCCACAGCAGGCCCGGCAAUGUUUCCGUGUGUCAGCCACUCCCAGAACCUGCUGAAGACCGUCAGCCACGCGCUUCAGAAGGCCAAACAAACUCUAGAAUUCUACUCCUGCACUUCUGAAGAGAUCGAUCAUGAAGAUAUCACAAAAGAUAGAACCAGCACGGUAGAGGCCUGCUUACCACUGGAAUUAGCCACGAAUGAGAGUUGCCUGGUUUCCAGAGGGAUCUCUCUCAUAACUAAUGGGAGUUGCCUGGCAUCCAGAAAGGCCUCUUUUAUGACGACCCUGUGCCUCAGUAGUCUCUAUGAGGACUUGAAGAUGUACCAGGUAGAGUUCAAGGCCAUAAAUGCAAAGCUUCUGAUGGAUCCUAAGAGGCAGAUCACUCUGGAUCAAAACAUGCUGGCAGCUAUUGAUGAGCUGAUGCAGGCCCUGAAUUUCAACAGUGAGGCUGUGCCACAGAAACCCUCCCUUGAAGAGCUGGAUUUUUAUAAGACAAAAGUCAAGCUCUGCAUUCUCCUUCAUGCUUUCAGAAUCCGUGCAGUGACCAUCGAUCGAAUGAUGAGCUAUCUGAGUUCUUCCUAAAAAGCUGGGGUCUCUCCCAGCUUUAAAGUCAUUUUUAUAAAAAUCGGAACCAAAGAAAUUUUUAUAGGCUGUGCAGGAGGUGGUGGCUUGACCUAAUCCUACUUAAGCUAGUAAUUUUCAUGUUGUUUACAUUAGUCACCACCCAAAAGUUGAACAUGUGACAACUCUAUUUAAAUGAUUCCUUUCAUGACGUAUAUUCCACAUUUACUAUGGCUAAGUUGUUUUUAAAGUUUUCAUGAGCAAAUUGCUAAGGAUGGAAAUUUUCUUCACUAUUUUUUUUUUCAGAACAAGAAUUGAUAAGCUAUUUCUAUUUCUAUUUCUAUAUCAAAGUGUUUGUCGAAACACUCCAGCAUAAUUUAUUUUAAAAUAUUUAUU